AUGCAUUUGCCGCCCGAGCGCUCGAAGCCCCGGUUUCCUGCGCGGACUUUCCGGACCGAAGCCCGGGCUGGCACUUUCGGGGGCGGAGGCUGGGAGCAUGAAACCCGCGGGCUGGGGGCUGUGCUGGGCCGCCGCCCUGCUUCUCGCAGCUACGGGGACGGCAGCCCCGCCUCCGGCCCUGAGGGCCAGUCCCCGAGCUCCCAUUGGGCGCGAUUGGAACACGCGAGCCUCGAGCCACUCCCCUUGGCCAAUGAGGGGCGGUGGAUGCGGGCGGAAGACAAAUGUGGGAGAAACGAGUUCCAGUGCCAGGAUGGGAAGUGCAUCUCCUACAAGUGGGUUUGUGACGGGAGCGCCGAAUGCCUGGAUGCCUCAGAUGAGUCCCAGGAGACCUGCAUGUCUGUCACCUGCAAGUCGGGGGACUUCAGCUGUGGGGGUCGUGUGAACCGCUGUAUCUCUCAGUUCUGGAGAUGUGAUGGCCAGGUGGACUGCGAGAAUGGCUCAGAUGAGCAAGGCUGUUUGCCCAGGACGUGUGCCCAGAAUGAGUUCCGCUGCCGGGAUGGGAAGUGCAUCGCUCUGGAAUUCGUCUGCGAUUCGGACUGGGACUGUUUGGACGGGUCGGACGAGGCAUCCUGCCCCGUGUCCACCUGCGGCCUUGCCACCUUCCAGUGCAACAGCUCGGCCUGCAUCCCCGAGCUGUGGGCUUGUGACGGUGACCCCGACUGCAAGGAUGGCUCCGAUGAGUGGCCGCAGCGCUGUCCGGGCCACAGCACGUCCGCCCCGCAAUGGGGCAGCAGCCCUUGCUCACUGCUCGAGUUUCCCUGCCGGAGCGGGGAGUGCAUCCACUCCAGCUGGCGCUGCGAUGGCGGCCCGGACUGCAAGGACAAGUCAGACGAGGAGAACUGCACGGUGGCCACGUGCCGGCCUGAUGAGUUCCAGUGCUUGGACGGGACCUGCAUCCAUGGCAGCCGGCAGUGCGACAGACAGUAUGACUGUAAGGACAUGAGUGACGAGCUCGGCUGCAUCAACGUAACGCUGUGUGAGGGGCCCAACAAGUUCAAGUGCCACAGUGGUGAAUGCAUCACGCUGGACAAAGUGUGCAACUCGGUCAGGGACUGUCGGGACUGGUCGGACGAGCCCCUCAAGGAGUGCGGGACCAACGAGUGUCUGGACAACAAGGGUGGCUGCUCCCACAUCUGCAACGACCUCAAGAUGGGCUACGAGUGCUUGUGCCCCGAGGGCUUCCGGCUGGUGGACCAGCGAAGAUGUGAAGAUAUCGACGAGUGUCAGGAUCCCGACGUGUGCAGCCAGCUGUGCGUGAACCUCGAGGGCAGCUACAAGUGUGACUGUGAGGAGGGCUUCCAGCUGGACCCCCACACCAAGGCCUGCAAGGCUGUGGGCAACAUUGCCUACCUCUUUUUCACCAACCGCCACGAGGUGAGGAAGAUGACCCUGGACCGCAGCGAAUACACCAGCCUCAUCCCGAACUUGAAGAAUGUCGUUGCCCUAGACACAGAAGUGGCCAGCAACAGAAUCUACUGGUCUGACCUGUCCCAAAGGAAGAUCUACAGUACCCAAAUCGACAGAGCCCCCAGCUUCUCCUCCUAUGACACCGUCAUCAGUGAGGACCUACAGGCCCCUGAUGGGCUGGCAGUGGACUGGGUCCACAGCAACAUAUACUGGACAGACUCCAUCCUGGGCACCGUCUCCGUGGCUGACACCAAGGGUGUGAAGAGAAAGACACUCUUCAAGGAGAAAGGCUCGAAGCCUCGUGCCAUCGUGGUGGAUCCUGUUCACGGCUUCAUGUACUGGACGGACUGGGGAACCCCCGCUGAGAUCAAGAAGGGGGGGCUGAAUGGUGUUGAUGUUUACUCGCUCGUGACGGAAGACAUCCAGUGGCCCAAUGGCAUCACCCUGGAUCUUUCUGUUGGCCGCCUCUAUUGGGUCGACUCCAAGCUCCAUUCCAUCUCCAGCAUUGAUGUCAAUGGUGGGAACCGGAAGACCGUUUUGGAGGACAAGAAAAAGCUGGCACACCCCUUCUCCUUGGCCAUCUUUGAGGAUAAAAUAUUUUGGACGGACAUCAUCAACGAAGCCAUUUUCAGUGCCAACCGCCUCACAGGCUCAGACAUUAAUUUGGUGGCAGAAAACCUGUUGUCCCCGGAAGACAUUGUCCUUUUUCACAACCUCACACAACCAAGAGGGGUGAACUGGUGUGAGAGGACUGCCCUCCACAAUGGUGGCUGCCAAUACCUGUGUCUCCCGGCCCCGCAGAUCAAUCCCCACUCGCCCAAGUUCACCUGUGCCUGCCCUGAUGGCAUGCUGCUGGCCGAGGACAUGAGGAGCUGCCUCAUAGGGACUGACCCUCCAGCGACCACCCUGGGCACCUCCACGGUCCCGGUCAGGCCGACGACGGUCCGCUCCACAGCCGUGGAGCCAAAGCACACAGCCAGCCCGUGGUCCGUGGCCAGCCCUGAGUUCACCACGGCUGAGACGGUGACGAUGUCCCACCACGCCCUGGGUGAUGCUGCCAGCAGAGGAGAUGAGGAGAGGCCCAGGAGCGGGGGGGCUCUGUACAUCAUCCUUCCCAUCGUACUGCUCAUCUUCCUGUGCUUCGGGACCUUCCUCCUCUGGAAGAACUGGCGGCUGAAGAGCAUCAACAGCAUCAACUUCGACAAUCCCGUGUACCAGAAGACCACGGAGGACGAGGUCCACAUCUGCUGCAGCCAGGACGGCUACACCUACCCGUCGAGACAGAUGGUCAGCCUGGAGGAUGAUGUGGCGUGA